AUGUUAUUUGUGAGGAGGCUGGGUUCCUUUACAUUCUAGAUUUCCAAAAAAGGCCUACAUCAAGUGUGUAAUAGUAUAGUAAUAGUAGUGGUAAGGGUAGUUUCUCCUUGAAAACACAUUGUGUUAACUCUCCUUAGCAAGUAAGGCUGUGUUAGAGAAUGUUGGGCAGUCUUGAGGAUGUUAUCAACUGCUCUAAGCUGUGUGUUUUAGGCAAACAUCUAAUUUAGCACAGCUUUCAGUCUCAGUGCAUAGUGAAGUUCUUCUUUCUGGGUGUGAUUUUGGGAUGUGUACGUAGGGACAUCUGUGGAUAUCACCGAGUGUUGGCACAGGUGUGCCUACCCGUAGGGCUCAUGGUGCGUGUCAGCCUUUAAUAGCUGUUACUAGAAGUGCCCUUUUCACAGAAAUAUGUAUUUCAAUUGCUACAGCUGUCAGGCUACUGUACUGGGAUGCUCAGCCACCAACGGACUGGUAGCCAUGGAGGCAGCCAGAGAGCAGCUGGUGAUGGUGAGUCCAACUUCAGAGCAAUAUGACAGUUUGCUCCAGCAGAUGUCAGAGAGGAUUGAUGAGGGAUGUGGGGAGACCAUCUAUGUCAUUGGACAAGGAUCAGAUGGGACUGAGUACGGGCUGAGCGAGGCAGACAUGGAGGCGUCCUACGCCACGCUGAAGAGUAUGGCAGAGCAGAUCGAGGCCGACGUGAUCCUCCUGAGGGAGCACCAGGAGGCCGGGGGCAAGGUGCGCGACUACCUGGUUCGGAAACGUGUGGGUGACAACGACUUCCUGGAGGUCAGGGUAGCAGUGGUUGGCAAUGUGGACGCAGGGAAGAGCACCUUGCUGGGAGUCUUGACUCACGGCGAGUUAGACAAUGGCCGGGGCUUUGCUCGGCAAAAGCUGUUCCGCCACAAGCACGAGAUUGAGUCAGGGCGCACCAGCAGCGUGGGCAAUGACAUCCUGGGCUUCGACAGCGAGGGCAACGUGGUCAACAAACCCGACAGCCACGGGGGCAGCUUGGAAUGGACAAAGAUCUGUGAGAAAUCCACCAAGGUCAUUACUUUCAUUGACCUGGCUGGUCACGAAAAAUACCUGAAAACCACCGUCUUUGGCAUGACCGGACACUUGCCUGACUUCUGCAUGCUUAUGGUUGGGAGUAAUGCUGGGAUUGUUGGAAUGACCAAGGAGCACUUAGGCCUGGCGCUUGCACUUAACGUUCCUGUCUUUGUUGUGGUGACCAAGAUUGACAUGUGCCCUGCCAACAUCCUGCAAGAAACCCUGAAGCUGUUACAGCGACUGCUGAAGUCCCCAGGGUGCAGGAAGAUUCCCGUGCUGGUUCAGAGCAAGGAUGAUGUCAUUGUAACAGCCUCCAACUUCAGCUCAGAGAGGAUGUGCCCAAUUUUCCAGAUUUCAAAUGUUACUGGGGAGAAUCUAGAUUUGCUGAAGAUGUUUCUUAAUCUCUUGUCUCCACGGACCAGUUACAGGGAAGAAGAGCCAGCAGAAUUCCAGAUAGAUGAUACUUACUCUGUCCCGGGUGUAGGAACAGUUGUCUCUGGGACGACACUGAGAGGCCUAAUCAAGCUAAAUGACACCCUGCUUCUGGGGCCAGAUCCCCUUGGCAACUUCCUCCCCAUUGCUGUCAAAUCCAUCCACCGCAAGAGGAUGCCCGUCAAGGAGGUGCGGGGAGGCCAGACUGCCUCCUUUGCCUUGAAGAAGAUCAAGCGUUCUUCCAUCCGGAAAGGCAUGGUAAUGGUGUCCCCCCGCCUGAAUCCACAAGCAUCGUGGGAGUUUGAAGCAGAGAUUCUGGUGCUCCAUCACCCCACCACCAUCAGCCCACGAUAUCAGGCCAUGGUGCACUGCGGCAGCAUCCGUCAGACGGCCACGAUUCUCAGCAUGGACAAGGACUGCCUGCGGACAGGGGACAAGGCCACGGUGCACUUCCGCUUCAUCAAAACCCCGGAAUAUCUGCACAUAGACCAGCGGCUGGUCUUCCGGGAAGGCCGCACCAAAGCUGUGGGUACCAUCACCAAGCUACUCCAGACCACCAAUAACUCACCAAUGAACUCCAAGCCACAGCAGAUCAAGAUGCAGUCAACGAAGAAGGGAGCUGUUACGAAACGAGAGGAUGGUGUUUCUGCUGCUGGGACAGCAGCUGGAGGCCCAGCAGCUGGGGAUGAGGCCCCCUCAACAGCUGCAGCACCACUGACUCCUGCUGCCCUGCAACCAUUGUCAAAAGUCGGAGGAGGAGGACGUCGACGUGGGGGUCAGCGCCAUAAAGUGAAAUCUCAGGGAGCCUGUGUGACUCCUGCCAGUGGCUGCUGAAUUUCUUAUUCCUCCUCUCUCUGAGGAAUUCCUCCCCUUCCCUUCAUUUCUUAUCCAAAAGAUCCAGAGCAGCGUAAACCAAAACCCAUCCCAGCUGAUUGGCUGCAGAAGAAUCGUCCCUCCUCCCUGCAGGAAGCAAUGGAGAGGAGCAUAAUUUAUAAGCUAAUGAAGGUGAUAAGACAGAGAACUGAGUAACUGACACCUUCCUCCUCCCCUGUCGACACAUUUUUGUACAUCAUGGGCUUAGUUUUUAUUCUUCUUAGUUUUUAUUAUAUUUUGUGUGCAUGAAGAUGAGAGGGGAGUCUGGAUAGAGCUGCAAAGAGCCAGUUAGUUGCCUCCCUCCUCCCUCACCCCUUUCUGCCCACAGGACUUGCUGCUCUCCACUAUUUGCUGUCUCAGAUCCAGGGGUUAUCAGAUGCCUGAAAUUUCAGACUUGCAAAGGUUAAAACAGGUUCUUUAGGAUGGCUCCAUGGAACAUUGUUUCAUCACCACUGUGGCCUUGUGCCAAAUAUGUUUUGGAUUCCCUCCCUCUUAAACUAUUUCUAAGUGGAUUUAAUUUAAUGUUGUAAUGACUGAAGUUUGAAGGAGAUGGUGAGAAAGUUCCUUAGUUGGAGAUCUAAGAGGGAAACAAAUUGGAGUUGUUGAUACUAAGUUCAGGGAUCCUAUGCUCAAUAUCCUCAAAUAAUGUUGAAAGCACUUAAAAUUUUAACUAGUGACAGAGUUAAAUGGGCAGACAUUCACCCACCCCGUUCCCCUUCCCAUCGUGCUGCUUUUCCUAGUGUUUGUUCAGUGCACAUUGGAGCAAAUCUAACCUGCCUCUCCAGGCUGCAGCAGCUCCACUGACAGUAUUAAGAACAGUGCAGGAGCACUCAGUCCGUCCCUUGAGCCAGAGAAAGCCUUCUCACCUCGACGGACAGAGGUCACAGGUGGCAAGAUACCUUUGGAACAGAGACACCAGGCUAACAUGACCUCCCCUUGAUUUUGUUUACUCCAAGAUUUCCAAAACCUUUUUGGAACUCACUGGCCAAACUUUGCCAUGGCAGAGGUAGGAUUUGUCUUCUCCCCUCUUGGCCAAAGAGGGCAGUGACAAAUUGGUACCGAAUUUGUAGAAUUGCUUUCAAGGUUGGAAGUACAUGGUAAUUUUUCUGACUUUGAUUGAAUUUUUUUUUAAAGAUUUUAUUUUUCUUAAUGAGAAAUUCUGGCUUCUCCAAGAAAGCCCUGCAAGGACAGUUUACAAAUUACUGUUGGAAUGGUU